AUGACAGGCGCAACAGCUCUCUCCGCAAGGAGUGCCUACCGGCAACUCCUCCGCGCCACCCGAAUCGCCUUUCACAAUGACUCCCGAGUCCUGCUGGCCGCACGUCAGGAAGCUCGUCAGAAUUUCGAUCAAAAUCGCCGCGUCGGCGUUGAUACUGGCAUGCAAAUAAACCACGCGAUUGAGGUGGCCAACAUCCUGCGCCAUAACCUUGUGCAGGGUGCGAGGGCAGCGGAAGAUGAGUCUGGGAAGUGGGGUAUGUUCUCAACCACUCUCUUAUGUGAAUUAGGGAUUUUUGUGCUAUUCCUGAAUUGGACCGGACUAAUGGACAACUUCAUACUAGAACUUCGGAUUCACGACGAAAUCGAGCGAGGAGACAACGACUCGAUCAAGGUUGAUGGAAAAUCUGUCAAAAUCCACAAGGCCUGUUCGUCAUGA